AUGCUUUAUGCUGUUCUUUCAGUCUUAAGUCAGAUUUACUGUAAUGGCCCUAUCCUAAGGACAGUUCAAGAUGCUUAUCUAUUUACUGACUCCAAGCAUUUUGUGGACAUGUCCUUAAAAUAUGAUCCAGUCUCAACUUUACGAGAGUUUGACUUGUUGGGCGAUUCUGUUAAUGACCCCUUGGUACUCAAAGAGUUCGUAUCCCAACAUUUCAAUCCUCCGGGCACAGAAUUGAUGGAAUGGAAUCCACAUGAUUAUGUGGAUUUUCCUUCAAACUUUUUGAACAUUCAAGACUAUCAUCAUCGUAGAUGGGCAUUACAUUUGCAUCGUAUAUGGAAAGAAUUAUGUAGAAAAGUCAAAGACGAUGUACGUCAUAAUCAAGAUCGGUAUUCUUUACUAUACGUCCCCUAUCCUUUUAUCAUACCAGGAGGAAGAUUUAGAGAGUUCUAUUAUUGGGAUACUUUCUGGAUAUUGAAAGGUCUUCUCUUUUCUGAAAUGUAUGACACAGCACAAGGUGUUAUUAAAAAUCUAGCUUAUAUGGUAGAUAAUAAUGGUUUUGUCCCGAACGGAGGUCGAGUAUACUAUCUUUCUCGUUCGCAACCUCCUCUCCUCAUUCCCAUGGUAUAUGACUACUAUUUGGCUACCGGAAAUUUAGACUUCAUGUUGGAAAUUCUUCCGACGCUCGAGAGAGAAUACAACUUCUGGGUGGAUAAACGUUCUACAAACGUUCUGGACGAAGAAGGAAAUAUUAAGUAUCCUUAUUAUCAGUACAAAACAAAACAGGUUGUACCUAGACCUGAAUCUUAUCGUGAAGACAAAGAGUUGGUUCAAGGAUUACCGGACGAGGAAAAGGUCCGUGUUUGGUCAGAAAUAGCUUCAGCAGCUGAAACCGGCUGGGACUUUUCAACAAGAUGGUUUGCCCAAACUGGCGAUUUAAAACAUCAUAUGGAAAGUAUCAGAACGUGGAGCAUAAUUCCUGUUGAUCUCAAUGCAUUUUUAUGUGCCAAUUCUAGAAUUCUAGCGAAUCUUUUCGAAAUUCAAGGAAACACAGAAAAGAGGAAAAUGUACAUGGAGAGGUACAAAUGGGCUAAACGUCAAAUGAUGGAGAUUCACUGGAAUCAGACUGAUGGUGUUUGGUAUGAUUUCGACAUCGAAACUAAAAAACAUUCCAACACCUAUUAUGUUUCAAAUGCAGUUCCCUUGUAUGCUAAAUGCUUUGAUGAUGAUGAGGACAUCAUUCCACAUCGAGUACACGAGUACUUAAAGCGCGAAGGAGUAAUGAAUUUCACGAAGGGUCUUCCAACUUCCUUGGCGAUGGGUAGUGAACAGCAGUGGGAUAAAGAUAAUGCAUGGCCACCUAUGAUCCAUAUGGUCAUUGAAGGCUUCCGCACAACUGGAGACAAAGUUCUUAUGCAGGUAGCUGAGAAAAUGGCUACUUCAUGGCUAACAGUUACAUAUCGUUCUUUCAUUAGAACGCAUGCAAUGUUCGAAAAAUAUAAUGUUACUCAGCAUUCUGAUGAACCAGGUGCAGGUGGUGGUGGUGAAUACGAAGUCCAGAAAGGCUUCGGAUGGACCAAUGGCGUUAUAUUAGAUCUGCUAGACAAAUAUGGUGAUAAACUGACUGUAACGGGUGAAAGUAGUAGCAGUAACACAAGACUAGCUCUUGGAAACAUAUUCUCGUUCUUCAUAACAUUAAUCGCAUUUUAUAUUUUCUAA